AUGUUUAGUGUCUCCAGUAAGCUAUGGUCGUUGCGAUGUAUGGUUCCAACAAAGGUUAAAUUUUUCCACAAUGGUGUUACAAGGUUUCAAGAAAUGGCAUCAGGUAUCCAUGUUAAGUCAGUGGAAGCUUUGGAGAAUUCCACGUUGCCUGAUUUUAUAUCUUCUCCCAACUCUAAGCUACAGUCGAUGGUAUGGCAAAAACCGGUAAGGAAUGUUCUUGUAACCAGGAAGCCAUGGACAAAAACGACGAAGGAUGCAAUGGUUGAACUUAUUUCAUAUAUGCAUGAUUCAUAUCCUGAAAUAAACGUUAUUGUACAGCAUGAUGUAGCUAAAGAGCUACAAGAAGAGUUCCCGGUAAAGUUGCCCUCUUCCCAACUGCCAUGUGUGCUAUAUACGGGAGAUACACAAGAUAUUGUUGACCGGACAGAGUUAGUGGUAUCCUUAGGUGGUGAUGGAACAAUUUUAAGUGCAGUUUCAAUGUUUUCAAAUACAAGGGUGCCCCCCGUGUUAGCAUUUUCAUUAGGGACUCUCGGGUUUCUAUUACCAUUUGAAUUCAAAAACUACAGAGAAGUCUUCGAGAAUGUAAUCAGCUCAAGAUCCAAGUGCUUACAUCGGACUCGUUUAGAAUGUCACUUAGUCCGCAAUGGGAAAGUUACACGGUCACAAACAUUGCACGCUAUGAAUGAUAUCUUCAUACACAGGGGAAAUUCGCCUCAUUUGGCUCAUAUGGAUAUUACUAUAGAUAACGAAUUUUUGACGAGCACCACCGGCGAUGGUGUCGCCCUCUCUACGCCCACAGGAUCAACGGCGUAUUCAUUAUCAGCAGGAGGAAGUAUAGUAUCUCCAUUGGUUCCAUCUAUACUAUUAACUCCAAUAUGCCCUCGAUCUUUGUCCUUUAGGCCGGUAAUUCUACCUCGUACCAGCUAUAUUAAAGUUGUAAUUAGUUCCAGAGUAGCUCACGACUUUGAUGAACAGGUUCUAAAAUUAUCGAUUGAUGGAAUUCCUCAAGAAGACUUAAGGUUGGGCGACGAGAUUCAUGUGCGAAGUGAGGCCGGAACCAUCUAUGUCGAGGGCUCGAUAGUACCAAAUAGGAAAGACACCUCCGGUUUAUCUAAUAUGAAGGACCCAAAAAGUACUGGCAUCUACUGUGUUGCCAGAACCGAAAAUGACUGGAUAAGGGGUAUUAACGAAUUAUUAGGGUUCAACUCAGGAUUCCGCGCCAUUUCGCACAAGAAACCAUAG